CGAUUUUAUUCUCUCUCAAUUUACGACUUCUUCUGAAUCUCUUAAGAAGAUUUUUGAGAAACCUUUGUCAAAGAUGAAUGAUCCCAUUCCCAAACUCGCAGUGGGAGUUCAGGUCCAAGAGAGAAGUCUCUCUCCAUCAGAAGGAUAUACAAACUCAAUCCUCCUCAUCAUCAAUACCAUAAAGGAUGAGAUCCUUGUAAACCCUGCCACCGGCCAUCGAACCGUAACGUCAAUUCCGCUUUCCUAUAAAUCACUUCAUAUCAAUUUCAGUCUCCCUAGUUGUAGUCACCAUCACAUCCAAUCGUUACUCCAGGAUCGACUCUGUAGCGACGACCAUUGGUUGUGCGAAUACUUAGUCCCAAAGAUCUCAAUGGCUGCAAUCAACUCAGGUUUUGGGUACAAUGGCGUUGAAUUGACCGUGUGCGUCACAGUUAGUUAUCGGUACUUCCAUGUCGACGAGAGAUCAUUAAAGAUAUCGAGCAUAGUUCUACAAGGGAGCAUGAAAGCAGAGGAAUUGAAGAGUUUGAAGAUGGAAACAGAGUCCUGUUCAAUUUGUCUCCAAAGUCUAGUCUCCAGUUUGAAAACAGUACCCACUCGCAUGAGUUGUUCACAUGUCUUCCAUAAUGGAUGUCUCGUUGAGUGGCUAUACCGCAAAAACACUUGCCCAAUGUGUCGGAUUGUGCUCUACGAUCGAUGAUUAUUGGAACAGAGGAUUGAAAUUAGGUUUCAUCUACUGAGAUAGCAUUACUUGGGUCACAUUUUAAGAAAAGUUUAUGUAAUUU